ACAUACUGGAGCUUGCGACGCGACAAACCUACCGUGACGAUGCAAGUGUGCAGGUGCCAUUAUACUUCAGUUAUCUCUUAUCUCCAACCGCUGGUUAGACAUUUUGCGCGUUUCUAAGAAAAUCCGAGGCAGCCGGAGUUCGGGGAAUUCCAUUAUCUACUUAUACAUACUUAUUAUAUGUGCUUUGAAAGCUUCGAGAACAUUCGAGGAUAAACUGUCGUUUGACGAAAUUGUAAUACGAGACGGUGAAACUUGGUAUCGACACAAUUGGAACAUCGUAGCUGUUACCCAGUGGGGCCAGCAAAUGAUUGUGAUUUUGCCACGCAACAUAUUUUAGGAGCUUCAUCCGAUAUUGAAUUAAGACAAAAUGACGAAGAAAGGAAAGAAGAAGAAGCAGGCAGCAGCUGCCUCAAAACAGACUUCUGAUAAGAAAUCACAAGAACAGUCGCAGCAACAACAAGAGGAACAGGAACAAACUUCGCCAGAAGCAUUACCUAGUUCAUCAACGCAACAAAAGGCAACCAAAGGAAAGAAGGAACAGGAAGCAGUUGCGUCAACCUCAAAACAGACUUCCGACAAGAAAUCACAAGAGUCCUUGCAGCAACAACAAGAGAAAUGGGAACAAACCUCACCAGAAGCAUUACCUGAUUCAUCAAAAAAACAAAAGACUUUCAAAGAUCCAAAAAAGCAGCAACAAGUAAUUCCAGACCAGCCACAACAACAACCACAAGGAGCAUGGAGCCACCCACAACAACAAAUACCACAAAGCCAACCACAACAACAAUUACUACAAAGCCAACCACAACAACAACCACAAGGAGUAUGGAGCCGCCCACGACAACAAAUACCACAAAGCCAGCCACAACAACAACCACAAGUAGCAUGGAGUCAGCCACAACAACAACCACAAGAAACAUGGGGUCAGCCACAACAACAAGUACCACAGGGCCAACCACAACAACAACAAUUACAAGGAGCAUGGGGCCGUUCACAACAAGUACCACAGGGCCAACCACAAGGAGCUUGGAGCCACUCACGACAACAAGUACCUCAGAGCCAACCACAACAACAACAAUUACAAGGAGCAUGGGGCCGCUCACAACAAGUACCACAGAGUCUGCCACAACAACAUCAAUUACAAGGAGCAAUAUCACGAGGUCAAUCGCUACCACAACAACAACAACAACAACCAGCAUGGGGUCCACAACGACAAACAGCUUGGGAACAACAGCAGCAAUACAGAGCACCAACUUUACCUCAACAGCAGCAAAAAGCUUUAAUUGAUACUGAUGCUGCUGGUGAUCAUCGACAAGUACAGGCAAUUGGUGGUGUGCACCGACAGCAGCCAUCAACAAGUACUACAUCUCUUGAUAUAUCUGAACUUGCUCUCACAGAUCCAUUCCACAAAGCAAAGACUGAAAAGAUAAAAAUGUCAUCUGAACAAUUGAAAUUAUAUCAUGACAUGAUACCAAAGAGAAAAGAUCCUCUAUGUGCUGGAAAAAUAGGGAAAAACAUUACUGUGUUUACGAAUAUGUAUCAAAUUUUAUUCAACGAUAAAUUCGUAACCAACGCAGUUCAUUAUGAUAUUGAUAUUCGUCCUUUCGAAGAAAAGCCCAGCAAAAAAACAGAAAUCAAGAGAGAAACCAGACUUCCUAAGAUUUUAUGUAGAGAUAUUUUUGAACAAUGUAGAAAUAAACAUUUUAACAAGAGAUUUCCAGCUUAUGAUGGGAACAAAAAUGCAUAUAGCGCAAAUGAUCUUCCUUUCCCUGAUUAUAUGCAGGAUGUUUUCUGGUUCUUAAAUGAGAUAGGACAAAGAAAACAAUAUAAAAUUACCUUAAAGAAAGUGGCUUAUAUUGAUCUUAGCUGGAUAAAAAAUUUGAAACCUGGUCUUGCAGGAAAUAAAGAUCAAACCGCUAUACAAGUCUUGGAUCUAAUCAUGCGUCAUGCACCGGAAUCGAGGUUUAUUAAUGUUGGAAGAUCACUUUACUGGAAUAUAGAUAAGAUCGAGCCACUAGGUGGUGGCUUAACUCUAGCACACGGUGGAUUUCUCUCUGGUGUACUUGGGUGGCAACCGUAUCUAAAUGUAGAUGUUGCUCAUAAAGGAUUUACCAUAAAUUUAAGAGUACUUGAAUACAUAGCUGAGGUUACAAAAGUCAGCGAAGAAAACCUUUCUUAUAACGAUGUAAUGAAGUAUAAAAACAAGAUACUAGGUUUUUUGAAGGGCUUAAAAGUGACUUACGCAAUACCUAACUCACCAAUUUCGAAACGUACAUACCGUGUACUCGAUUUGUGGUCCGAUAGUUGUGACUCACAUACAUUUACAUCAUCCGAUGUAACUUACACAAUAACAAGAUAUUUUCGGGAAAUGAAGAGAUAUAACAUAAAGAGGACUGAUUUGCCUACUCUUCAUGUGGGCAAGACUUCCAACGGAGGAAAAGUCUUGGUGCCUCUCGAAUUAUGCACCAUUGUGGGUGGCCAGGCCAUUAAUAAAAAGCUAGAUGAAAAUCAAACCACAAACAUGAUUAAAAAAGCAGCAAUGGCUGCUCCUCUCCGUAAACGGAAUAUAGAAGAAGCGUUCAGGAAACUGGAAAUAAACCGUAGUUCUGUCAUGGAAAAAGAAUUCCAUCUAUCUGUGAGUUCACAAAUGAAAACAGUUGAUGCCAGAGUUUUGCCUCCUCCAGGAUUGAAAUAUGCUAACUCAACGACGACAGUAGAAAAAGGAGUAUGGCGUUUGCAACAGUUUAAUCAAGCCAAAAGUUUGAACUCGUGGACUAUUCUUAUUUUAGCUAAUAGAGUACUUGAUGAUGACUUACAAAUGUUUAUGAAAGAUUUACAAAGCAACGAAAAAAGAAAAGAAAAAAUUGAUGAUAAUGACAUAAGAAACUUUGUAGACAAGUUACGAGCAAAUGCAAGAGCCGUUGGUAUGAACAUUGGUAUGCCUGAACGUCCAUUUAAAAGAUUGGAAACAAAUGAUUUAAGAGGUAUCACAAAUUACUUCAAUCAAUAUAAGAAAUUACAAUUGAUAAUAGUUGUCAUACCAGAUUAUACAGACGUAACAUAUGGAAACGUAAAAAAAAUUACCGAAAUGGACAUAGGUGUUUUGACACAGUGUAUAAAAUGUAAAACUCUGAGAUCAUGUAAUGCUGCUACAAUAAAAAACCUUCUACAAAAAAUAAACUCAAAACUAAAUGGCAUCAAUCAUAUAUUGGAUAAAAUGCCAUCAUGUUUAAGCAACUAUCCUUGUAUGCUUGUUGGUGCCGAUGUAACUCAUCCAGCCCCCGAUUCUAAAAGUAUACCAUCUAUAGCGGCGGUUGCUGCAAGUAGAAAUAAUUCAGCUUUCCAGUAUAAUGUUACACUCAGGCUUCAACCACCUAAAGAAGAAAUGAUUUUAGAUCUUGAAGCAAUAAUAUUAUCACAACUUAAUAUUUAUUAUCACGAAACAAAGUCUCCACCGCGGAGACUCGUCUAUUACCGAGACGGAGUUAGCGAGGGACAACUUCCGCAAGUUAUGUUUUAUGAAAUAACCGCCAUUAAAAAUGCAAUUAAGACAUUCAAUAAAGGUAAUAUUGAAGUUACCUGCAUGGUUGUUCAAAAGAGACAUCAUGUGCGUCUCUUUCCCACAAAUCCAUAUGAAACAGAUGACAAAAAAGGUAACGUGAGAGCGGGUACAAUUGUCGAUACAACUAUUACGCAUCCAGAUCAUAUCGAUUUUUAUCUCGUAUCACAUGCGAGUAUUCAGGGUACAGCGAGGCCUACAAAAUACAGAUGCAUAUGCAACGAUUCUAAAUUUAACGAAGAUCAGCUUGAGGAAAUGACUUAUUUUCUUUGUCAUAUGUAUGCCCGUUGUACAAGAUCAGUAAGCUAUCCGGCACCAACGUAUUAUGCUCAUUUAGCAGCUUUUCGCGGAAGAGCCUUGUUACAGGGAAACCCAAACUUUAAUUUGGCUGAUUUAGAAAGGGAACAGAGAAAUUUUACAAUGAAGAUGGGAGCAUCACCGAUGUAUUUCGUUUAAGGAUAGAUAUUUAUGAUUUUAAGGUUUUCUAGAAGACCCCUUUAUAGUUGAGAUAUGUCCACAGUUAAUUUUAUUUCUUUUGCGCAAUAAUUAUGAAUAGAUUCUCUUAUGCAGGGCUCGUCACGCGAUGCACUUUUCAGUUGAUUUUCAACUUGAUGCACGCGGGUUAAUGAAGUAAGGGACGAGAAACCAAGCUGAAAAUCGGCCGAAAAGUGCAUUGUAUGCCGAGCCCUGUCUUGAUAUAUAAAUUAACCCCUACAGCACAAAGUUGCACAAAAGUUGCAGCAAUAUUGCAGCG